AUGGCCGUCCUCGAGGAAGUGCUGCGCGGCAAAUACCCCGCGAAAGCCCAUGCGCGGAAAGUUGUGCAGUGGAUGCGCGAGCAGGGCAAGGAAGUGGACGGGACGCUGUAUCUGGAGGGGCAGAAGACGCGCAUGAUUGAGGAUAAUGAUGAGCCGGUGCCGUUUAGGCAGCGACGAUACUUCUUUUAUCUUACGGGAUGUAACCUGCCGGAUUGCUAUUUCACGUACGAUGUCAAGACGGAGAAGUCGACGCUGUUUAUUCCGCCGGUUGAUCCGGAUGAGGUGAUUUGGUCUGGACUGCCGAUGAGCCCGGAGGAGGCGUUGAAGAGCUAUGAGGUUGAUGCAGUCCUUCCCUCAUCCGAGUUGAAUGCCCAUCUGGCUUCACCUUCCACAUCAAAAUCCACCAUCUACGCCAUCUCCAACCAAGUCUCCGAAGACGUGACCUUCCUCUCCUACGACACAAAAGACUUCGAGCUUCUGAAACCCGCCAUCGAAUACGCCCGCGUGACAAAGACACCCUACGAAAUCGCCCUCAUCCGCCACGCCAACUCCAUCUCAACAACCGCUCACAUCGCCGUCAUGCGCGCCGUCGCCCACGUCUCCAACGAGCAGGAACUCGAAGCUAUCUUUCUCAAGAACUGCGUGGAGCGCGGUGCCAAAGAGCAAGCCUACCACAGCAUCGUUGCCUCCGGUACUUCCGCCGCUACCCUCCACUACGUCAAGAACGACCAGCCCCUCGACAACACGCUCAACCUCCUUCUCGACGCCGGCUGCGAAUGGGACUGCUACGCUUCCGACAUCACGCGGACAUUCCCGCGCACUGGCACCUUCUCUCCCGAAUCGCUCGCUAUCUACAACAUCGUCCUGAGCAUGCAGAAGCAGUGCACGGAAGCGCUGAAAGCUGGCGUGCUAUGGGACGACAUCCACCUCCUCGCGCACAAGAUCCUCAUCGGCGGGCUCCUGGAACUCGGCAUCCUCCGCGGUUCCGCUAACGACAUCCUCAAGGCGCGCACCAGCGUCGCCUUCCUCCCGCACGGGCUUGGACACUACCUCGGGAUGGACACGCACGAUACAGGCGGUAACCCGAACUACGCGGACAAAGACCCUCUAUUCCGCUACUUGCGCGUCCGCGGGACCCUGCCGGCUGGGAGUGUGAUCACGGUGGAGCCGGGAUGCUAUUUCUGCCGCUUCAUCAUCGAGCCGUAUCUGAAAGAUGAGAAGCAUAGCAAGUAUAUCGAUGGGAGUGUGCUAAAGCGGUAUUGGAGUGUGGGCGGUGUGCGGAUUGAGGAUAAUAUCUUGAUCACGGAGAGCGGGUAUGAGAACCUCACACCGACGCCGAAGGAGGUGGAGGAGAUGGGGAAGAUUAUCAAGGGGGAGGAUUGA